CUCAGUUCCCACUGACGGUCAGAGGUGCCAGCGUGAGAGGGAGCUUUGCGUGUCGCAGGAGAGGAGCCAAGAUCUGGGCGCUAUUCCUCACCCCCUCCCCCAGCUUCUCUCGCGGGAGGGACUGGAGCGGGCUGGACGCGAGGGAGAGUCGGGCCGGGUCUAUCCGUUCUCCGAGCUGCAAAGCCGCAGGGGCGAGGGGGCCCGGCGCUGCAGCUGUCAGCCAGCCAGUGGCGUUUCAGCGCUGGCGUCAGCCUAGUCCGCCGCUACCUCCGGGGCCGGCUGCUGCGUCUUGACUCUCCCCAGCCACGUGUUACCGGCUCCAGCUCCGGCCUAGCGAGGCUGUUCCGCCGCGGCCUCGCUCUGUGCAGAGCCCAGCCAACUCCCCGUCGCCUGGGCCGCGCCUUUCCGUGGAGGCGCCGCGGCUCCCUGUCGCCCAUGGACGGAGACAGGGUGGAGAUAGAUGGCGGGGUCAUGGAGGGGGGUGGCCAGAUCUUGCGAGUCUCCACGGCCUUGAGCUGCCUGCUGGGGCUUCCCUUGCGUGUGCGGAGGAUCCGAGCUGGGAGGAGCCAGCCUGGCCUCAGACCUCAACAUCUGUCUGGACUAGAGAUGAUUCGAGAUUUAUGUGAUGGGCAGCUGGAGGGUGGAGAAAUUGGUUCAACAGAAAUAACCUUCACUCCUGGGAAGAUCAAAGGUGGAACCCACAUAGCAAAUACCAAAACAGCAGGGAGUGUGUGCCUACUAAUGCAGGUAGCAAUGCCCUGCGUGCUCUUUGCUGCUUCCCCUUCAGAGCUUCGUUUAAAAGGUGGGACUAAUGCUGAGAUGGCUCCACAGAUAGACUACACAGUGAUGGUCCUUAAACCAAUACUUGAAAAGUUCACUAUGACAUUUGACUGUGACAUAAAAAGGAGGGGCUACUACCCCCAAGGUGGUGGUGAAGUAAUAGUUCGAAUGUCACCAGUCAAACAGUUAAGCCCAAUAAAUUUAACUGAACGUGGCACUGUGACAAAGAUACAUGGAAGAGCAUUUGUUGCCGGAGCCUUGCCCAUUAAACUAGCAAAAGACAUGGCAUCGGCAGCAGUGAGAUGUAUCAGAAAAGAAAUCAGGGAUCUUUACGUUAAUAUUCAGCCUGUUCGAGAAGCUGAUAAUCAAGCCUUUGGAACUGGAAGUGGAAUAAUUAUUGUUGCAGAGACUUCAACAGGGUGUCUGUUUGCUGGAUCAUCUCUAGGUAAAAGAGGUAAGAAUGCUGACAGGGUUGGAAUUGAAGCUGCAGAAAUGCUGCUUGGAAAUCUUAGGCAUGGGGGAGCAGUGGAUGACUAUCUGCAAGACCAGCUGAUUAUUUUCAUGGCAUUAGCCAAUGGGGUAUCUAGAGUGAAAAGUGGACCAAUUACACUUCAUACUCAAACUGCUAUACAUUUUGCAGAACAGCUAACAAAGGCCAAAUUUACGGUGUCAAAAUCAGAAGAUGAAGAUUCUACUAAAGAUACCUACCUUAUUGAGUGCCAAGGAAUGGGGAUGAUAAACUCAAACUUGUAGUUUUUCUUUAAAGGAAAAAAAUAUACCUCUGAUGUAUUGCACUACAUUUCAGUUGACAUAUUUACACUGAGGAACAGGGAUUAUUUAUUAUAUAUAAUUGGUUUGAUUCAAAUUCAGAGAUGAUCUGGUUAUUUCUUGGUAUGCUGAGAACACUUCCUGUCCUGCUUUUGAUUAACAGCAAAAUGAGUACAGACAAGAUAGUAAAUGGAAUCAAAUGCAAGUGUUUGGGAGAGCUGAAACCACAGCUGAAUACCUUUCAGAAUAUCAUGAGUUGGUAACUGCAGUUACAACUUUUAAAGUUACUUAAAUGACACAGUCAUUCCUCUGAAAACAUGUAGGUUUAUCAUAGGGGAUCCUUUACAUAUUUGUUAUGGAAUAGAUGAACAGAAAAUAAACUAUCAAUCUGUGUCUCUAAAGUAUUCUGUUUCUGUAGUCAUUUUGCUGAAAAUGAUAUGGAAAAAUAAAGCAAUUUCAGUGUGCUGUAAUUGGAUAUUUUUGCUUCUGAUCUCUCCAGCAGCUUGUGUUAAACUGAGGUCAGUUCAGUAGUUGUGAAUUAAAGUUUUGCAAACUCCAUCUAGAACUCCUUUUCAGUUAUCCUUGAGCUAGUCCCAUCAAAUGGGGUCAGCUCUACAAGUCUGCUCCUUCCAAAGUGCUCUCUUGAGUGCCAUAUCCUGUCAUACCAUAUGCUGACUCCCGCCGCUAUGUAACGCCCCCUAGGGUUCAGGAGUGUAGGGCACUGUACUUGCCAAACCUAUGCCAUACCAUCUAUACUCUUAAUACCCAUGCUAUCUAGAAAUCUAGUGUCUGUAUUCUACAUGCCACUACAAAAGUAAAUGUACUUUAAGACAUCCCA